ACGCGCGAUUCGUUGUUGGCGACGCGAGUAGACGGACGUAGGCACGCGGCAAGUUGAACGUUGUACGGCAGCGUGUUACGUGUGUUAAGUGUGAACUGUAAACGUUUCAGUGGCGUGUGUAUGUGUGUGUGUGCGCGCAGUUCGAAAACGAAACGUAAGCAAAUCAGCUGUUUAUAUUGCGGAAGUUGGGCGCGUGUGAAUAGAAAGCAAGUGACGGGGAAGUGAGUGAGUGAAGAAUGCCAAUACGAAAACUAAUUGGUGAAAAUUUGUAACUACAAAGCGCUCGCUUGUGCUUAAAACGCAGAAAGUUUCGCCAAAGCACUGUCGAAGCAAUAAAAUUAAAAACUGCAAAAAGCAAUCGCAUACACUCAUAGCAAUUUCGUAGAAAUCCCUAAAUAAUUGCGCUGACGUCAGUCUAUGUGGCGCGACAACGUGCGCACCUACAAAUGCAUUUGCUUAUUGUUGUUAGUACGUACUUAACUUCGCAUGUGAGCAGAGAUUUGCACUUGUUUUGCGCAGAAAAGGCAACGUUGAGCCAAUUGCUAAAGGAAUAAAUGAAAAUAAUUCACUUUAAUCGCCGAUAAAUGUGGAAAAAGCGAGCAAUCGUGUUGAAAAUCACAAGUUGACGAAAGUAAAUAAUAACAAAAAUUAUAAUAUUAGUGCAAAAAAUCGCCAGUUUUUUAGAAUUGAUUUGUACUUGUGUUUCGUGUUGUUUUGUGCUUGUGAAAUGCACUCGAGUUGUUAAAGCUAUUGCAAGCGUGUGACGUGUAAAUAAGGCGACAAAUUAACACGAAUAUACCAACCUUUCUGACGUGGCAGACCUCGUACGUGCAGUCAUUUCAUAGUGACGCCGCUGCAGAGCAAAAUAGAAUAUUUCGCAAAGCAACGCCAAAUCGAUAAAUAAGCGCAUACUAUGUACAAAUUGCAACUUUGGUCCCAACAAACACAACAAAAAUCAUCAAAAUUAAUUAAACGGCCAAAACAACAACAACACCAAAAACAAGAACCACCGCCUCAAACAACACGCGAACUGCACCAAACGCAACGCAAAGCACGAGCGACUACAACACAAUUUGCCAGCAAACUAGCAAAAACAACAAGUACCGGUAACAACAAAAACAACAACAACAACUUACUUUUACAUCAUAUACGCUUGUUAAGCGCUUAUCAGCAACAAUUGAGCGCGUUUAGCAAUUUAUUGCAUUUGAUCACAUAUUUCCUGCAAAGCGGACGUGCGCAUCAGCUGAUCGCGAGCGCCGAGCUGAGAUAUUUUAUCGAUUACACAUAGCGAAGAGAUAGGUGCGCGGCGACCGUCAGCAGCAGCAGCCACAACAACGACGCAAUAACAGCACUUUUGCGACAACGUCAACGGCCCCGUUAAUUAACGGCAAAAAAGAUAUAGAAGAAGUAAUCGAAUUGUUUUCCCAGAUACACAAAGAAAACUCAGCCGAACCGAAGAGCGUGUGCGACCAUUGCUUUCGCGAAACACAACGGAACGAAACGAAACACAUUGGAACGCAGUGGCAACGGCACAGUGCGACGCCAUGAAUAUCGAUAGUCCGAUUUUUGUGCCGCGCAAUAACGCGCCAAUGACCUCCAUGCCGGCGGCACAGCUGAAGGUGUCCGCCGCGUCGCUGCUGGACCCAAAAACGCCCAAGUCCCCAUUGGCCCUAGGCGUCGUAACGCCAAACGCUUUCGGCAAACUAACGGAUAGCAACAACAUUAAACACAAGAACAACAAUAUGGGCGGCUAUUGGCCUUUCGUCAACAAUGCCGCGGCAUACUAUCCGUGUGGUAUCAACAGCAAUUAUUUGCAAUUUUGCCAGCAGCAACAACAACAACAGCAACAAUAUAUGCAACACUUUGUGCAGCGUCAAAGAACUUUGCCGAACUUUCACAAUCAGUGGACGCAGCGGAAAAAUUUAAACGCCGCAAUCGGCCAGCGACAACAACAACAGCAACAACGUAAGCAAACAACAAAAGCGACAGCACCAGCAGCAAUAUCGACGGAAGUGUCUGCACAGCAGCAUCAGCAGCGGCGUAAGAAGCAGAAAAUGCAACAGCAAGCCGCGCAACAACAUAAGCAACAACAAUUAACGGAACUACAACAACAACCACAAGCAGUGAAUAUUACAAAAAUUCCGAUUGCGAAUAAAACAAGCGAUUCGCUUUCGCCGAAGUUGACAGUUGCAACAACAACAACAAACGCAAACCAAAACAUGUUGUUGUUGUUGCCAGCGGCUGAGGAACUUAUCAACAUAAAUGUUGUAAACGACAAUAAUUUAAACAGCAAUAAUAUUGUUAUCGACCAAAAUGCAAUUUCGAACAACAAUAACAACAAUAAAGUGGAUGAAGAUAUCAACAUGGCAACACUUGCAGCAAUAAGUAAUGGUACAAGCGCAUUGCCAAAUCAGUCAACUCAGUUGGUUGAAGAGGCGGAAAUAUCGACAAAGCAAGAUGACACUGUGCAACGUAAUGGUAGCAGAGUUGGUCAACAAAUACGUAACCCUAGAUAUUAUCAGCAACAACAACAGCAACAGAAUAGUAGCAAUACACAAUUAAAUGCGAAAACUGAUUCAUCCGAUUCGGGUAUUUCUACAAAUGGACGUCAUCAGCAACAUCAUCAUCAUCAUGCGCAUCGGCAACAGCCACAGCAACAUAAUCAGAAACAGCGUAAAACGCGUUUGAACAGUAAACGACAAGAUAAUAAUACAACAACAAUGACAACAACACCGAAGCGUACAACCGAAUAUACGGUUGAUGAUUGGUUGGGUCGUGAAAUGGUUUACUGUUACGGUCAUCGGUAUAUAUCUUCAUGCGCCGAAGACAAUUUGUUGGCCGCGCGCCACAAUCCAGCGCAUCGUAACAGCACCUCGAGCGACGCGGCUGCCAGCGACGACCUCAACUCCAGCUCCAGCAAUGAAGAUUUGAGCGCCGUCUAUGCGGUGAUGUCGCAACCGGACAAGAAAACUGGCAACAAGGCACGCAGAAAUCGGCAACAGCGCCGCCGCAAGCGUCUCGACGAGCAGAGCGCCGACCAACUUCAAGCCAUUCCCAUGGAUGUCGACGAGGACAGCAAAGAGAAUCGACGUCCCGCACCACAGCACGCACAUCAGCAACAACAACAACAGCAGCAGCAACAACAAUCAACAGCAAAGGCAGCCAGCGUUAAUUUGCGUAAGCAAUGCACAAAGGCAGCCGCUUUGAAAGCGGUUAAUAAACACAACAGCGGCAACAACAGCAGCAACAGCAACGCAAAACCGAAUAGCGGCGCACACGCGCUCGCCAAUUCAGCAUCGAACUCAUCGGUAUGCAGCGCGCUCUCCUCGGCAUCAUCCACAUAUUCGCUCUCAUCCUCGGCCUCGAGCACUUCGUCGGCCGCGAGCUCACCCACCAAUUCGGCGAAUUGCUCACCCACUGCCUCGCCCACCGCCAGCAAGCGUAAUGCAGAGAAUUUCCGCAAGAUUGCACGCGCACUCGCACCACCGCUGCGCCAACACACCAAACUGAAUAUGUCCGAACACGAGUUGGUGCAACAGUUGCGCCGUUACAUCAUCGAUCCGAAUUUGUUGCGCGUCUACGGCUAUCCAGUCGAGAGCGCUAUACAUGAGGGCUGCAUCGAGAUCUACAAGUGUCUGCCACGCCCCUCCGGCGUACAUACACAUCACUCGACAACCAAAACGGAUGUCGUCAAUACAGUGGACGGCUUGCAAGUGCACUAUACGUCGAACAGCAGCAGCAGCACGACAACUAAUACGGGUUUUAAGGCGCAAUGGACGCUCGGCGGUGACAAUUCAACCGAUUCGGGUCAGGGUUCGGGCGACUCCAGUCCGCCUUCAAUGGACUCGGACUCGAGCGAGGCCGGUGAGGAUGAACCAGCUACCACCACUGCCUGCUUCACACCCGACGGCAGCUAUCAGAUAUUCUCACAGUACGAUCAAUCGUUGGAGAAGCAGUGUGUACGUUGUAUGCGCACCUUUCACGUCACCGAGACCGGUGAGUACCUCAGUUACGAGAGCUGUACUUUCCACUGGGGUAAACUGUAUAAUCUGUAUACCGGCAGCAAGGGUUACACGACACAAUACACCUGCUGUGCCGGCACCAAGGAUACGGAAGGUUGCUCGCGCAAUCCGUUACAUGUGUGGACCGGCGCUGUGGUCGGCAUUAAUGGACCCUAUAGCGAUUUCGUGCAUACACGUGCACGUUGCGAUGACAAGCCGACCAAAGUGUAUGCGCUCGACUGUGAAAUGUCCUUCACGGGGCGUGGGCUCGAAGUCACUAAGGUGACGGUGGUCGGCCACGAUGGUCAGCUCGUGUAUGAGCAUUUCGUACGACCCGAAGUCGAAAUUGUCGACUAUAAUACACGUUUCUCGGGCAUCACCGAGAAAGAUCUCUGUGCACACUCGAAUAAGAACGUCAAAACGCUAGCCGAAGUACAGCGCGAUCUGUUGCAGCUGAUCGAUGCCGAGACCAUACUGAUCGGUCAUGGUUUGGACAAUGAUUUGCGUGUGCUGCGAAUAGUGCAUAAAACAAUCAUCGACACAUCGAUCGCAUUCCCGCAUUCGAGUGGUUUCCCCUAUCGGCGCGCGCUCAAGAACCUGACGAAGGCGUGUCUCAAUCGCGACAUACAGUGCAGCGAUGCGGGCCACAGCAGUUUUGAGGAUUCGCGCGCCUGCCUGGAGUUGAUGCUGUGGAAAGUGCGCAAGGAAAUGCGACCGACGGCGUAUUGAGCGGCAAGCGAGCGAAUAUUGAAUAUAUAUAUGUGUGUGUGUGUGUGGGGCGGGUAAAUGUGAAACAGUGGGCUGUUUCGCAAUGUGUGAUUGUGUUUGAGUGUGAGUGAGUGUGUGUCUGCGAUUUUUUAUACAUACAUAUACAUAUUGUAUAUUGUGUUCGUGUGCGUAUAUUGUAACUUUUGCUGGUUAAACUUGUAAAUGAAAAUGUUGUUGUUUUAUUUUUUAAUUUACAAGCUCUCGUUUCAUUUCUUACUAAUUAAUCAGGCAUACAAAUACACUUACAUACAUACAUGCAAUUAUACAUAUGUUAUAAUAUAUGUUGUCAAGUUUAAAACUUGCUUGCGGGUCCAAACGCCGUUACGCCCGCGUGAAUUAAUUCAAAACCGUACCAGAAGAAAGUGGAAAAUCUCUUUAUUAUUCAAAAGCUGCUGAUGUUCACAUUACAAAAAUGGAGCGGAAUUUUAAAAAAAAAUGUACUGAUUUAUUGCUGUGAUUUUUUGCACUAGCGCGCGCUGUUCUCAUUUAUAACUUUCAGUUCACCACCUUCGUAAAUUCAAAUGAAUCAUGAUGAGUGAAAUCGAAAAAGUUCAAGAAACAAAAAUUAUGUUAAAUAUACGAAAUAUAGACAAAAGUGAAAUGGAUUCAAUUUUUUAACAAAUUUUAAAUUUUUUUUAAAUGAUUUUAUUUCAAAAAAUUUUCAAUAUUUUUA